CAGCGCCUGAAUUCAGCUACGAGAACGCUCAUCUGACUCCAUCUGUUCGGCAAUGGUACUACUCAAUCAGUUUUCCGAUUCUCCAUUUUCAUGGAUUUUUGGGGUCUAAUUCUUAUACCAUAGCUGGUCGGAAUUGUUGACCGAAUGCUAUCUCUUCAAUAGUUGCAAUCACGAGUUCUAGGCAGUUGUUUAAAUCUUGUUUUACUGUUGCUGUUGUGAAAAAAUGGUGGGAGAUACUUGUGUGCAGGUUGCAACAUUUUCUGUGGCGUUACCCUCAUCCUUGGUUACCCUUCCACAUAGAUCUUCAAAUAGGUUGUCUUAUCAUCUCCCAUUUGGUCUAAAAUCCAAAGUAAAGAAGAUAAAGGCUACAUCUGCUGGUGCUGGACAUAGUCAGCCACCCUCAUCUUCAGAAAGAAGGAAUCCGCUUGCCCUUUUUCUUGAUGUUCCUCGUACUUUAUGGAGGAGAACAUUGCAUCCAUUGAGUAAUUUCGGGUUCGGUCGAAGGAGCAUAUGGGAAGGUGGGGUUGGGUUGUUCCUAGUGUCAGGUGCUAUACUUCUUACACUCAGUUUGGCUUGGUUGAGAGGCUUUCAAUUGCGGUCUAAAUUUAGAAAAUACUUGGCUGUCUUUGAGUUUGCUCAGGCUUGUGGUAUUUCAACUGGAACUCCUGUAAGAAUUAGAGGAGUUACUGUUGGCAAUGUCAUUCGUGUUAACCCUUCCUUGAGAUGUAUUGAGACUGUUGUUGAGGUUGAAGAUGAUAAAAUCAUUAUACCCCUUAAUUCAUUGGUUGAAGUAAACCAGUCUGGUCUUCUUAUGGAGACGAUGAUUGACAUUACUCCCAGGGAUCCUAUUCCAGUGCCUUCAGUGGGACCACUCGACUCCAAAUGUAUUAAAGAAGGCUUAAUAUUAUGUGAUAAGCAUAAAAUGAAGGGAUAUCAAGGGGUAAGUUUGGAUGCAUUAGUUGGAAUAUUCACUCGGCUUGGACGCGAAGCGGAGGAAAUAGGGCUUACCAAUACGUUUUCUUUAGCCCAACGAGUUGCUUUGGUUGUUGAAGAAGCAAGGCCUUUGCUUUUAAAGAUUCAAGCCAUGGCUGAAGAUGUUCAACCUUUGCUUGCUGAGGUUCGUGACAGUGGUCUUAUAAAGGAGGUUGAAAACUUAACUAGCAGUCUUUCACAUGCCACAGAAGAUUUAAGAAGCGUGCAUGCGUCAAUUAUGACCCCGGAAAACACAGAACUGCUUCAGAAGUCCAUUUAUACGCUAAUUCAUACUUUGAAGAACAUAGAGAGUUUGAGCUCCGAACUUCUUGGGUUCACGGGUGAUGAGGCGACAAAACGGAAUUUAAAACUGCUGAUCAAGUCUCUGAGCAGGCUACUAUGAUAAUACACAUGUGAUGACAAUGCCUUGGCUGGAAAAAGCUAUGGAUGAUUGUCAUUUACUUUCCUAUCAUUGGGAAGCGCUUACAGGUACUGAUUUUUUUAAAAUUACGUCGUGGUCGUGUUCAUGUUGGAGUGAGGGAUUGAACCUUCGACCUUGGAGAGGUAAUUGAACCUUCGACCUUGGAGAGGUAAUUUAUCCCUUUAUUCGACUGUAUCGACCCAAGAGUUUUACAUUUGAAUAGUCUAGUUUUGGGUUAGUUGGAUGGAUUGACCUAAUUUUUCGUCAAAAUGAAACUUUUUUUAGGAAAUUUUUAUGGCCCUCUUCCCCUC